UAUCACUGAACAUACAGUUUGCUAUAAAUUAAAAACUGUGCCGCUGAGUUUGUUGGCCUUGGAAAUUUUUCAUCAACGGAUAAAUAUUAGUAAAGGAAACUUAAACUGUACAAGAUAAAAUCUAAUCAUCAAUUCUUGCAUUUUCCACACCACACAUCACUUUAACACAACUUUUUUUGAACAAAAUGAGCAGUGAAACAGAUUCUAGUAGUUCAUCAUCCUCAUCAUCCGAACAAGAGAGGAAACGUAAAUUACACAAGAAACUAAAGAAUAAAUCUGAGAAAAAAUCCAAAAAACAUAAAAAAGAAAAGAAGAAAAAAAGUCACAAGGAGAAAAAACGUUCCCGCAAAGAAACAAGAACUAGCUUUAGUGAAGAAGUCAAAGUACAAAUUCCAAAAACUAUGGCACCUCAAUUAAGACAAGAAUUGAGUUUGAACACAAAUGAAUUAGAUGAUGCAUUUGGUCCUGCUCUACCACCACAUUUAUUAAAUAAAAAUGAUAAAGACAAAGGCUUAGUUAUAGGACCCUUUAUUCCAAAAGAGUUAUUGGGAAAUUUAGAACAAUUGGAUAAACAAGAGUUAACAGAAAAAUUGCCUACAUCUAGUGAAUCAGAAGAUGAAGAGGAGACGCUGCAGGGCUCUUAUGGGCCUUUACCAGUCAAAAAUGAACGUGAAAUGACAGCUGUGCAAAUUGAAUUGGAACAGAGGGCUUUAGAGCUAAAAAUGGCUGCUAUAGAUGGCAUGAAUGUAACAACGACUGAACAAAAUGUACGAGAAGAAUGGAUGUUGGAACUACCGGAAGUGGGUUUAAAAUGUGGCUUAGCUGCACUAAACAAUUUAAAACGUGGAUUCCAUCAGGGCAAAGAGAAACCCGAUUUUAGUGAUAGAUCCUCUUGGACUAAAACACCUCAAACAGGUAACGAAAAACAAAAACCUACAACUUCAAAAAGUUCCAAAGAAGAACUGGAGCUACAAGCUCAAGCCUUGUAUGAAAAACAACGGGACGCCGAACAAGAAGCCAUGGCUAAAAAGCACAAAAAGAAACAUAAACGUGAGGAGUCCUUGGUCGAACUUCAUCAAAAGAAAUUACGUAAAGAGGAAAAGAAAAAGGCUAAAGAAUUAAAGGAGAGCGGUGCAAAACCCGAAAGGCGUCCUUUUACACGAGACGUUGAUCUAAAAUUAAACAAAAUCGAUCGUAAUCAAACGAAACAAAUUGUGGAUAAGGCUAAAAUCUUAAAUACUAAAUUUUCCAGUGGCCAUUCAAAGUACCUUUAGUUUUACGUACAAUAUUCAACAAAAAUACAUAAAAGGUUUUCAUUGAUAUACCUAA